CCGCAGCUGCAGCGGGCGGGGAACCUCAGAGGGCUCUAACGGGUCGGUGGGUGUAGCCGAGAGCUUCAGAGCGGUGCUGGUCCGUCGCGCCUGGAGUUCGUGCGUGGGCUCGCUUCACCUCAGGAAAAAAAUGGAAGACCUGUCUGAUGCUGCUGCUUUUGCGACUAGACUUAAAAACACUCUUAUCCAGUACCAUAACAUUGAAGAUGAUAAAUGGCGAGUUGCUAAGAAAAUGAAAGAUGUCACGAUUUGGAGAAAACCUUCAGAAGAAUUUAAUGGAUAUCUCUUUAAAGCCGAAGGUAUUAUAGAUGAUGUUGUCAAUAGUGUCAUAGACCAUAUACGCCCAGGGCCCUGUCGCUUGGAUUGGGACAGCUUAAUGACUUCCUUGGACAUUUUAGAGCAAUUUGAAGAGAAUUCUUGUGUGAUGCGUUAUACUACUGCUGGUCAGCUUUGGAAUAUAAUUUCUCCAAGAGAGUUUGUUGAUUUCUCCUACACUGUGGGCUAUAAGGAAGGACUUUUAUCCUGUGGAAUAAGUCUUGACUGGAGUGAAAAAAGACCAGAAUUUGUGCGUGGCUAUAACCAUCCCUGUGGUUGGUUUUGUGUACCACUUAAAGACAACCCAAACCAGAGUCUUUUGACAGGCUAUAUUCAGACGGAUCUGCGUGGGAUGGUUCCUCAGUCUGCAGUGGAUACAGCCAUGGCAAGCACUUUAAUCAGCUUUUAUGCUGAUUUACGAAAAACCUUGCAAAAGGUGUAAAACUUGUAUUUCUCCUAGUCCCCUGAAGCAUCUACUUUUUGGAGCUACAUUAGAUGUAAAAAAAAUCAUCCUUUUUUGCCCUUCUCAUAGCCUCUAGAAAACAAUUGAGAUGUUUUUGACUUAUUUUAUUCCUAAAGUAAGUAGCUAUAGAAGACAGGGCAUUUUAGAUUUUGCAAACACUUAUUUGCACAUUUUUAUAUGGCAAUGCAUCCAGGGAUGGGAGUAUGACAGAAGUCACAAAGAGUAGAUACAUGCACAAAGAGUAGACACAAACAUAUAAGAGCUUGAAUAGUGCCUCAGUAUGAAUAUUUUGGCUGCUGAGAAAUUAAAGAAAAUACAGCUUCAUGCUUUGUAGUUAAAAUUUACUUAGCUUUAUAAACAUUUUGUAAAUAUUUUAAUUUUCUUGGUAUGCUCCAUGAGUUUGCCAAUAUCUUAAAAAGAAACCCCUACUCUAUAUUUUAUUAAAAAAUGAACUUCAUUGUCCAUUGAGUUCCACUACUUUAAGUAUUGAAAAGACCAUGUAUAAAAAAAGGAUACCACAGUAACUUCAGGAACAAUUCAAAUGCAACUAAGUUUUGAUAUUUAGAAGGCAUUAUUUUGUGAAUAUAUUUAAAAAAUAUAUAUUUGUAUCUUUUGUGAAUUUAAUUUGGAGUCUUAAAAGCAUUUAUUCAUGAAUAAAGCAGUACAGAAAACUGUCACAUAUGUGCUGGAAUCACCACAUUGAUUGUGAAGUAGUCUUGGGUAUAUGAAAGGAGUGGUUGUACCACCACUAGAAAAUGAUCACUCUAGAAAGUCACAUCCAAUGUUUUGUGCAUGUUUCAGUUUAAAAGGCAUCUCUCAGCUUGCAGAAUAUCCCUAACUGCUUUAUAAACUUUACAAUUGCGAUAUAAUUUCAGUCUGAAAUAUAACAAUUGCAUUUAUAGGUGUAUCCAAAUGUCUAACUAGAGUGAGUCAUUUCUUACUGGAAUGGACUUUAAUGAGUCCUCUGAUUCUGUGGCUGCCUUAAAUGAACAUUCCUAAAUGACUUUAACAUUCCGAAUAAAUCUCUUGACAUUUGAACUGACCACCCAGUUUACCUCUAAAGUGAAAAUCAAGGCAACAGUAUGUUUUAUGCAAAUCUUUGUAGGCAUUUAUGUCAGUGUACAUGCAUACAUCUUGAAAUCCGCCUCAAUGUUCUAUUUGAGUUCAUUAUGUGUUAUCAGUAUUGUUACUGCUUUUCAACUGAUUGCUUUGUUUUUGGGUUUUUUUUUUUUUUUUGGUUAAUAUGAGUUGAAGUGAACUCUAGAAAUAUUUAUAUGUUGAACUACAAAAAGCACAAGAAUGCAUUGUGAUUAAAUGAUGGUAGAUAACAUUUCAAGAACUGAAAAUGUACAAAUGACCUUAUAUUUUUAACUUGCUAAUAGCCUUUUCUGAGCUGAUUGUAACUUUGAGUUGCUGGAUUUAUUUGCUGCUUUUUAACUUUUGCAACAGGGAAAGAAAACUUGGUAGUUUAGCUUUCAGCUUCCCAUGGAAAUUGUUAAGUGUUGAUUAUGAUUUCACAAGUUUUUUUAAUUGGUCUUAUUAGUGUAGUAUAGGAGUUCUCUUAUAUUCCAGUAUUUGUCAAGAUGUUGAAAUACCAGCAGAGACCCAAAUAGAGGGUAAUUAGAUUAAAUGAAGAAUUUGUGACAAAGAUAUACAUUAUAUAUGGGCUGUUGUUUCCUGAUCUGGGUGUCCCUAAAGGCAAAUAAAUUGUCUAACUCAGUACCCUAAUGUUCCCUUUGUCAUUUUCAAACUGUGCCUCCAAUUAAUGAGUACAUAUCUACUGUUGAAGUAACCCACUACAGGUAAAAUGGAAGUUAUGGGAAAAAAAUUCUGUUGCACUAUUGAAUCAUAUGAUAGAUUGAAAAAUUAUAUUUGAAUUACCUGAAAUUUAUAUGUAGCUUUUAGAUGGCUAUUUAAACCAGCUGAGCUAUAGCUCUGUCCUUUAAAAUUAAGAACAGCAAAACAACCCAGCUUUCACUAGGGUAUAACUUACAUAUUAUACAGUUUACUAGUUGUAAGUAUAUAAUCCAGUUACUCCUGAAUACUUAUAUAGUUAUGCAGAAAUCACUACAGUCCAGUUUUAGAAAAUUUCUGUUACCCAAUUAGAUUCAGUUGCCUGCUUGCAAUCAUAUUUAACCAAAAAUAUUAAAGUAAGCCUUACUUGGUUUUGUUUUUAAGAAUAAAGGUAUAUUUGAUUCUAAGCUCAGGAAUCUUGUGACAAUAUAUAUUAAGUAUGUUAUCUCAAAUACCAUACUGAUAGAAAGCUUUAUUUAACAAUAUAAAAAAAUCAUUAAAAUAGCUUGCAUUCUUUUUUGUACUAAUUCUUUGAGUUCUGGUGUAUAUUUAACUAAUUUAGACUAACCACAUUUAAAGUGCUCAUUAUCCACAUGAAGCCAGUGCUGUGUAUUAAGUAGCACAAUUCUAUAGUAUAUGUAUGUAUGUGUGUGUAUGUGUGUGUGUGUGUGUGUGUGUAUAUAUAUAUAAAGUCUUUCUAUAAUACGAAGUAGAGCGUUUUAUGGGAUUACUCUCAAGUACAAACUACUUUAUCUUCUGGAACCUUCCAUGCUGCCUAAAUAAGGACUUCUGAACACUAGAAAUAUAUCAGUAGUUAUCAAUAAAAGUUAUAACCAAAAAUACUUUCCUUGAAAGAUAAUUUUAUAAAACAGUUAAAUGAAGUCAAAGAAUAUAAACUACUUUAUUUUAUGUAUGUGAUUAUUUUCUCCAACUGAUAGCUAGUUUGUAUCAAAAAUUCACAUAUGCAAUAAAUAUGUCAGUACAUUGAGAUUUUUUUUUUUUAGGAGAUCAGUUUCCCACCAGAUAAAGUAUCAUCAGUAAUACUUUUGCAUGAAAUAUCCAUAUUGAUAACUCAUGAUUAAACCAUUGAACUUUAACACAUACUUAACAAAUGUGAGGAUUUAUUAUCCUACGGUUAUAUUUAACUGUUAGAAUAGAUUGUAAAUGUUAAAAAUCUUCAUUUCUGUGUUCAUUGAGGUCGAAUAUAUUUGAAAUUGUACAUUUCUGUAAGAUUAUCUCCUAGUAGAAAAAGUCCUUUCUGUCCUACUCCCUCUACUAUCUAACUGAAAGAUAUAACACUCAGCUUGAAUUAAAUGAACAUUUUAAGCUAAAAAGUCAGAUUCAGGUUGCCUCUGGAGAAGAUAGGAAAAUUUUGUACAAUUUGAGCCUCUUAGGUCUGAGUAAUUCCCUUUGAUGUAAAUACGAACUUUACUUUUAUAUUCAAGAGCCUACUACCAUCCUCACAAUCAGUUGUUUAAAUCAAGUUUCUUUUAAAUAAAUGUAUAUUGUAACUAUAUCUCAAUUCUAUGGAUAAGUUAAUAAGACCCAGAGAAGUUAAAGGACUUGGCCAGAUUUCCAUGUGUCAUGUGUUUUCUUGAUCAGUAUUCUAUAUUUUCUUAGUUAACUUCUCAUUUAACUAGGUGAUAACACAAUCUGACCAUAAAGGAUGUAUUGGAUUAAUCCCAGAGCACUGGAAGUUAGAAUUAGAAUUUCUUCAUUAUUUACUGUUUCCAAAGAUUUACAUGUAUAGUUAAAUAAAAAUUCACCUGAUGCAAUUCAACAAAAGUUGUGCUAUAUAGACACUUUGUUUUUUAAUCCCUAAUUUUAUGUUACAAUAUGUAAAAAAGAACAUUUGUUAAAUAAAAGUAUGCGUUAAUAUGAAUAAUGUAUAUGUAUUUUAAAAUUACUUACUGACUUGGUAAGUUUUUCUCUAGCAUUUCCCUUAAUUCCCUAAAUCGAGAAGUUUUUAUUUAAUGUGUCUUCUCAAUAAAACAAACAUUUUGGACCUAAGGGUAGGUAGUAGCAAGCUGAGAUUUUUUUAUUUUUUUAGAUUUAUCUUAUUUAUUUAUAAAUACAGUAACUGGGGUGCAAAGCAGAGAUGUGGGAAAUGAGAGAGGAUUCCUCAGAGGCAGAGUGGGGAGCAGAACAGGCAGGCAAGACAGAUGUCUGUUGGGCCGUGUAUGUAAGCUCCCUGGCAGGGAUGAAGCUUGUGCUGCAGUGGCUGCCCAUAACUUCUUAGUGCAAUACUGAGGGUAAGCUCUGCUGUUUCUUUACCUAUUUCACCCGCAGACAUUUCACAUAAUUACUAAAUGAUUGAGUGGCCAAGUUUUAAGGCUUUCAGAUCUUUUUACAACUUGGUGCUGACAGCUUCUUUCGCGUUUUUCUUCCUUCCGUUACUGGAUCCUAUGGGUUUAGAAACAUUUUAUGAAGUGAGCACUGAACAUCUUUUGACCCAACAACAGUUCCAUGAUGGAAGAAAGAUCAUUGAGAUUGGAUUAUUUGCAGUUAACCAUAAAUAUGAAGAUUUUAUAAAAAUACUUGUGCUGUAGUGAUAACUGAUACUAUGAUUACAACUUUAUACAAAAUGUUAGAAAUGUUCAUUUACUUUCACACUUUUAUAUUUUUUUUACUAGUUGCUACAGUUCCCUUGCCCCAGUAAAAUGAUUUUCCUGUGUGAAAACACUGUGGUAAGAGUUGGGCAACCAGAUCUGUUCUCUUAAUGAGCCUCUCUGUGACCUUAGCUAAGUCGUCAUCUUUCUGGCUGUCACUUUAAAUAAAAUGAGCUUGCUCGAUUAAAUAAUUACCAAAGUCCUCUUUUGACACUAAUGAUUUUACGAUUGUCAUGUAUAUGUUAAAAAUGUUAUGAAAAUAAAAGUAUAAUUUGUUGAGAGUGGGGAAACAUUCAAGAAAUGAUUCAAUUCCACAUUUCAAAUGUGAGGGAAAUGUUCAUUGUGUCAUUCCUGUGGAAUGUGGAACACUUGUGUAUUGUAGCAUUCAGAUCACAGAAUACAAAGUUUUGGUGUGCUCUUUGAGGAUUUAUUGUCAUACUGUACAUGCAAAUUGCUUUACAGAUUUCCCAGCAGCAAAUACAUGUUUCUUUUGGCAUAUUCUAAUACAUCGGAGUGAAUUUACACAAAUAAUGGUCUCAGAUCAAUUUCAACAGUUAGUCUGCAUCCAUUUACCUUGUCAUAUAUUAUUCCUUCCUGUCCCCUGGACAACACCAAAGAGUAAGUAUAGCCAUUUAAUCAGUUUAACCAACCUGAGGCCAGGAAGAAACUACAUCUCAGGCUUUCACAUUUUCUGCCUCAGACUUUAGGCAGCUGAGAAUGCCAACAGCUAUUGUAUCCCAUCCUUACUGUUUUGAGCCAGGACUCAAAACAAUUGCCACUGAAAAAUUUGGUAACUCAAUCAAAAGCAAAUGGGCAUGAUUUUGAUGAAUUCUUUACAAGCAUUUUCUGUAUUUACAUCUGUGGCCAGGUCAGACUUAACAUAUUUACCUAAAAAAUACUGUAAUACGAAGGAAUCAAUUAGCACCAUUUUGACAGGUUUUAAAAAAUGAAACGUUAAUAGCUGCUGCUUUAGUGCUUUCAAUCAGCAGUUGGAAAGAUAGCCUGUACUUUUGGCUGUGUAAACUGAAAUUUUCUUUGUUUUAUUGUCCUCCAGAUCCAGCAUACACUUGUUUUUGGUUAAUGACUUGCAGCCUAAAACUAUUGGAGACAUAUAUUUCCAAUUUUAACCUACUCCAUGCUGCUUUUGAACUAUGUAUGCCCUAGUAGUCAAAACACUUGGAAAUCCAGGAACACAAGUUUCUCCUCUUAAGAAAACUAGGAAAAGUAAAUCAGAUAAUAUCACAUAAGCCUGAAAAAUCUUAGUGGGAAGUUAUUACCUACCAGUACUUCUGUAUUUGUGUGUUCUCUGUAACUGUAUCAGUGUCUCCAUAUUUUAACUUUAACUUUCCUUUUAUCACUAAGAUGACAGUUAAUUUGCACAAAGAAGGGUAUGUAAGGUGGCAAAAGAAUGGGAAGAAAGAAAUUGACAAAACUAGCUUGAUGUUUAGGGAAAGCUGUUCUGGAAAGGUCAGAUUUGGUUGAGACUUAGUUUUGUACAUGUUACCUUUUGAAGCCUAAAUUUUGAGGUAUGAAUGCCAUCCCCACAGCUGUAUGGGGAUUCCUUUUUCUGCUUAGAUAACUAAUGGAUGACAGAAAUCUUAAGUUGGGCCACCACUGGCAAAGCUUUGGCAAUUAGGUAAUUUUCUAGGGACAUAUUAAAGUGCUGUCAGACUGACUUAGAUAAACACUACAGUGAAGACCAAGCCAAUGUAAUAUUUGCUUUUGGUAACUGAGGUUUUGCUUCAUUUUACGACUUUGUAAAAAUGUCUCUUAAGAUGUUGAAUGAUUAACUUCUCUUAGGGAGUACCACAUUGGCUAAGUAUGGAGGUGAUCACAGAAGACUAGAUGCUCUCGGACUGUAGUGUCUACUCACAGUGAGAUCUAAUUUAACUUACCACAAGAUCUGAGCCUCUUCUACAGACUUAGCAACACUUACACACGGAGAAUUUCAGCCUUUCGCACAAUAUUAUUCCUUCACUUUGCCUUGCAUUUUUCCACUCUAGAUCUCUCAGCCAGACAUGGUACCCCUGUACCCCUUUACGUCUACCUGCAAAACUCACAAUCCUUAAUAUCCAGCCUGUUUUCCCAUGAGUUUUCUUGAUCAUUCCAGGCAAAAGGGAACUUUUUCUUCUUUCUAUCCCUAGAGAGCCUAUUGCCCACUUACACUCAGCACACAUUACCUUGGGACACUUUCUUUGCAAUGAUACAGUUCACUCCUAGAGGGUAGCAUAGGGUUUAAUUCACCUCUGAUCCCUCCAUUGCACAUAAUGGUGGAAAUGGGUUCCUGAAAUGGGCUAUUCUGGAAGCUUGUUAAUUAGCGGAUACUGUUCAAGUGUGUUUGCAAUGAAGGUCUAAUAUCUCCUGGAGUAUGCUGUUUAGUUUCUAGUUCCAGGAAGAAAAUUAAUUAAUUUGGUCUAUCACUUCUAAGGCAUUAAAGUCCAUUAACAAAAGAUUCUGAGCAAUCAAGAAAAAUGAGCAGGUGGAAAUGUGGACCUAAUAUACAUAGUACUACCUCCCCUUGCUAGCAGACACACAUCUCUUUGGUUCCUGAGUUUUGUAGUGUAGCCGAAUAGCCACGUUGUAUUAUUUGCUGCAACAGUUUAAAGAAAACUGUUUAAUUAGAACCGUGAUAUGUUUAGUUAUUUAUAAUACACUGCUAGUGAGAGCUUUCUACUCAGUAUUCAUUUGUAACAUUUUGGUUAUUCAAAAUCAAAUCAAGUUCAUACAUGCCUAUAUUUCUCAAUAUCUGGAUCAUCUGCUUCCUUGAAGGCAGAUAUUUUAGAAAUAACAUUUUCUCUGUGACAGAAAUAGACUAAAAGAAGGGCCCCUUCUGGAUUCUAAAUAUGUAAGAAAAGAUUUUACUCAAGGCUUUCCUUUUCAAUGAAAUACAUAGUGCUCUAAAGGGCACAUGGUCAGAAAAGUAGCUCUUUUACAGAAUAGCUCAUUUCCUGAGCUAUUAAUCAACAAAACAUAGUCAUCAAAUACCACAAAGUACAUUAUUUCCUAAACAUGAUUACAUGAAAUCCAACUGAUAUAAAUUACUUGAGAACACUCUAUCACAAAGGGAUUCUCUUUUAGCUCGCUAAGUAACAGCUGCAAUUGAUAUAAAUUGUGAGCAGAUACUAGUGCCAGGUGUCAUUUGCAUGAUUUUAAAUACAAGAGUUACAUUUAUAGGGCUUCCAUAAAGUCAUGCAGUCAUUCUCAAGCAAUUCAGUUUAUACUGUUUUUUCAUAAAUGAUACAAUUUUGAAUUUUUAGUUUUGUAGGGAAGUUUUACUAUUAAGUUAUACACUUAGAAUAAUUAUUGUUGUAAGACCAUCUACAUCAGAAUGCAACUUUUCUAACUUCUAAGAAGAAAAUAGAAGUAAGAACUUUAAGCUAAGUAGAAAAAAAUCGGGAGUAAUGAGUGUAUAUUUUUAGAGGUUAUUAAAAAGGCACAGGGUGCCAUGAAAAACCAGGAUUAUCUAUUUUUUUUCUGUAAAAGGUUAAAUAUUUUGCACAU